UGUGGUGAUGGAUGGUCCUCUGCCCUUCCUUCACGACUUCUUUUUUCUCCUGUUGAAGCAGCAGUACCCCUCUCACUUGCUCAAAAUACACAUCUACUCGGCCUACGAAAUAAAGAGACAAGACGAAAAAGAUUUAAUUCAGAAGUUGGUUGAAAUGAAAUUCUCAGAUGACCAAUCAAUCAAGAUCACCUACACUCCUAUGGAGAAAUCGUGUCCUCGAUUAUACGAAUGUUCGCUGGAAAGAGUGCGGAUGGGUGCCUUCGAGGCACUCCUCAAGGAGCUCCACGGACAGUCGCUGAAAAAUGAAGCCAUUUUAUUGGUCAAUUCGUCUUAUCAUUUGACCAAUGAGAAAACACUAAUGGUUCUGGCUAGAUCCGAAAUGAACCUCAUAUCUCCCUGGAUAUCGUUCAAGGUCCCAGACAUUCCCCCAGUCCACCACAUCAACGUCCACAACUCCGUGCCGAAGAACUACCGAGUGAUCAAAAAACAAAGCCAAACAGAGGUCAAAGUUGCUAGCAAGAAGGAUUCCAACAACGAUGACAAUGAGGAGGUGGAUGGAGAUGGCGAAGAAGAUGACGAUGAACCUGAGUACGAAGAGAUCCCAGACUACUACGAGGAUAUAGAACAACAGAGGGAGCAAGUAGUAAUGGGAAUAGCCAAUGGCAUCUACAGAGGUGGUCCUCUUCUGAUAAGGGGCGAGACGAUUGCUCUGGUGUUGCGAGCUCUGGUCGACUGUCCAGAAUUUUCGCAGAAAAAGGGAGAGCAGGAGGAAAAGUUCACACAUUGGGACAUGAAAAUGAAGAGCUGCAUCGAACAAAAGAAACUGGUGAUAGCGUCCACAACGUAUGAGGAGUAUGGCACCAAGAUCAGUGACCAUAUGUAUGACCCGGAAGACCCUCUCUCUGAACUAAAACUCAUCUACACCUCGCCCCAGGCAUUUGCUCGGAAGUAUGUGCGGCCAGAGUACUACGAGCAACUAAACUACACCCACAUUACCCAGUUCGACCAGCCGUGUCCGGAGGUGUUCCGCAUCAAGACAUUCAACCGAAAGUUCACCCAGGACGUCAUCGACUAUUGCGAGAGGUCCGAUCUCUGGGGUCCAGGAGGCUACUCAGACUCGGUCGAGGUGAACCGUAGCGGGGACAUCUACACGGAGACCCACCCCACAGUGGACAUCCAAUUCGAGCAGGUGGGGAUGUUCGAGCCAUGGCUCCAGACAGUCCACCACCUCCUCUUCCCCAUCUUCCACACACUCUACCCACAGUUCGACUUCGACGUUGUAGUCGAAGACCCCGGCCAAUCUUUCAUUGCCCGCUACCACCCGAACGAGCAGGCAUACUUGGGGUUGCACAACGAUGCCUCCACAUAUUCCUUAAACGUGGCCUUGAACCAGAGGGGUGUGGACUUCGAGGGAGGGGGCACCUACUUCGCCAGACAGAACUGCUCUGUGCUGGAUAGUGAGCCAGGGGAUGUUCUGGUGCAUCCGGGACAACUCACACAUCUGCACAGUGGGCUGAACACUACGAAAGGCACUAGAUACAUUCUGGUCUCAUUCAUGCAACCAUAGAAGACACAUACAAAGGCCACACAAAGCCAUACUGGUCAUACAAAGGCCAUAAUAUCCACAAAAUGACCAUAAUGACCAUAAAAAAUAUACGAGUCAUACAAAUAUCACAAUGGGUCACACAAAAGACAUAGUGGCCGAUAUGUACACGAGGAAGCGCUUUACAAACAAAAACAUUUGCAUUAAAAAAGAGUUUCGCUUUCUCAUUCAGAUUAAUUAAAUUCCAACAAAGUUCAAUGCAAAUUAUCAGUCCUUGAGAUAAAGACAUAAAGUUACGGUUUAUCUCGAAAACGACUGAAUGAAAGCUGAUAAAAAGGGAGCUAAAACAGACUAUUUUGAUA